AUGGAACUAGAGACCUGGCAUUCAGCGAGACAGGAAGACCCAACCAGGUCGAGUCUCUUAACUGACGAACCGCACAAUGAAGUUCAACUACCCCGCGUAGAUGGUGGAAAAGAUGCAUGGUUGUUCUUGGCGGCAGGCUUCAUGAUGGAGGCCCUUGUUUGGGGUUUCUCAUUUGCCUACGGCAUCUUCCAGGACUUUUAUACCACGCAUGAGCCUUUCAAAAGCUCAGGGAACCCCGCCGUGAUUGGAACAUGCAUGAUGGGUGUAAACUACAUGAUCUCUCCUUUGACUUUUGCCCUUCUACAGGGAUUUCCCGUUCUUAAGCGGUGGUGCUCUCCUGUCGGGCUUCUCAUUAUGUGCCUGGCUCUCGUUCUGAGUUCUUUCGCGACUAACACCACUCACCUUAUUCUAACUCAAGGCAUCGCCUGCGGGAUUGGAGGCAACCUUGCCUAUUCGCCCAUGAUUAUCUUCAUGAAUGAAUGGUUUGUGCACAAAAGAGGCCUUGCCUUUGGAACCAUGUGGGCCGGAACGGGUGUGUCUGGUGUGGUCCUUCCGCUGGUGCUUCAAUGGCUUCUGAAUGCUUAUGGUCACAAAACUACCCUUCGAAUCUGGGCCGUGGCUCUAUUUUUGUUAGCUGCUCCGCUGCUCUAUUAUGUGAAGCCUCGCCUGCCCAUUUCGCGUGCGUCCAGCGUCCGAGCGUUUGACUUGAGCUUCCUCUGGUCGCAUACUUUCCUCAUCUUCCAAAUGGGUAAUAUCGUCGAAGCCCUAGGAUAUUUCUUGCCGACAAUUUACUUGCCCACCAUCGCACGCACUCUGGGUGCCAGUACUAUCCUGGCGUCUUUGACCGUCAUCUUAUGCAACCUUGCAUCGGUUUUUGGGUGCAUCGCCAUGGGCCAUCUGGUUGAUAGGUACCAUGCGACUACCUGUAUCCUCGUGUCAACCAUAGGUAGCACACUUGCUGUGUUUCUCCUCUGGGGAUUUUCCGUCUCGCUGGCGCCCCUCUACGUAUUCUGCGUUGUCUAUGGCCUUUUCGCUGGAUCGUUCACCUCAACCUGGCCGGCCAUCAUGAACGAGGUGGUGAAGAAGAGUCAGUUGGCGGAUCCCUCGAUUGUCUUCAGUUUCUUGGCAACUGGCAGAGGAAUCGGAAACGUUGUCAGCGGACCGUUGAGUGACGCCCUGAUCAAAGGCUCAUGGAGUUAUGACCCUUCAGCCUUUGCCUAUGGCACCACUUAUGGCACCCUCAUUAUCUUCACGGGUAUAACUGCGCUGUUUGGUGGAUUAAGUAUCCUUGGAAGACCCUUAAAACUGAUCUAA